AUGCGGUGCUCAUUCACCACCCUCGUCUUCUCCUUCUUCGUGAUUGUGCCAUCUCUCGCCGUUCCUAUCUCUACCCCAGAGCGAUUGGAGGAGCGCCAAGUCAGCGAUGGCACAGAGAUCCGUGACUUCAACGGCCGUCAAUUCGCCCUUCGCGGCGUGGAAUAUUUGGACCUCCUGGAUAGAGAUUUACAACGACUUGAGGAGCUAGACGAGCGCGAUCCUGGUUUCUUCAACUCCAUUGGCAAUACAUUCAGGAAGAUCGCCAGCCCGACAGGCCUCCAAAACGUCGCAAAGGUGGCAGGGCAGGUCAGCAAUUUGGCAAGGAAGGCGAGCAGGGUCCAUGGUCGGGAUAUAGAGGAUAUCCUGGAGCGGGAUGACGAGUUCGACGAGCUUGGUUGA